AUGAAUAUCUUUGACUUCGUCAUCACCGUGAUGCGAUGUCUCGACUUGUGGUUCUUGUCCCCGCUGGGACGCACCGAUAGCGGCCUGAAGUUUGCCAGCGUCUUCAGGAUUGUGCACAUUAGUCUCUUCAUCAGCGAGAUUCAGCUCUGGAAAGGUUUCCGGGAGCUUUGGAUCGUGAUCUCCUUGCUACGGGAGACCUUGCUGACACUCUUUUGGGUUGGCUUCCUCAUCGCUGGCACCACCUGGGUGUGCUCCGUGCUGAUCACCAUCUCCAUUUUGACGGAUCCCUCACUGGACCGCGGAUGCGGGACGGAUGUGGAGGUGCUUUUCUUGUUUUUUUUUUGCAGCGUUUUGUGUUUUUAUGCGUUCAUGUUUGGAGGUGAAAAACGGAGUAACGGUGUGGAAGUCCAUGUGGCAGACGUUACAAUUGAAGUUGCCGACUGGUUGGGGUAG